AUGGAAGACCAGUACAAUCCCAAAUUCGGCAUUCCACCGGCAGCUCCAGUUGAUGGACAAGUACGAAUCAAAGCGAUAUAUCUGCAUCCUAUCAAGUCUUGCGGGCCCGUCGAGGUAGAUCGGGCCGUGCUUACCAAGACGGGAUUUAUGUACGACAGAUGUUUCGCUCUUGCAACGAGAGCUGUCAACAGCAACGACCCCGCGGCCUCGAAAUGGCGAUUUAUCAGCCAGCGAACCAAGCCGCUCAUGUCCCAGAUUAAAAUCGAGUUAUGUGUUCCGCAUAAGAACAGCGAUUCGCAUGACUCACUGGUACAAUCAGGUGGAUGUCUGGUUGUGACAUUCGAAGACCCUGACUCACCGAGUUGGAUCGAUCGUGUUGAGACACUUUUCUAUACAUGGAAUCUUUCAGCACGACCACACCUUUCAUUUAUUGUGCCUCUUAAUGUUACGGCCGCCCAGGCAGAGGAGUCCCAGGUCAAGAUGAAACCCUUCGGGAUCCACAGUCGUGAAGCAAAAGGCCUCGACAUGGGUGGAAUCUCUUCUAUCUCAACAGCUUUGCCCAAAUUGAAGAAGUUCUUGGAUAUACCGCAAGACCAAAGCCUCACACUUUUCAAAUGUACACCGGAUACCAUGACGCCUACGAACUUGAAUCUCGCGCCACUUGAACACAUUGGUUCACCAGCUGUGCACGGUUACACAGAUCAACAACCCGUCAACAUCAACAGUCUAUCCUCUGUUCAUGCCGUGUCCGCACUACUACCGACUGAAAAUCAACCUAUGAAUGCCCUUCGUUUCCGUGCAAACAUCUGGAUCGAGAACGCUCCGGCAUACGAGGAAGAGACAUGGAAACGCUUCCGUAUUUUGUCAAAGGGUAACGGUACGAAGCCGCGAGCGAGUCUUGAAGCAACAUUGUCGGUUGUUUGUCGUACAUCGCGAUGUACAAUGCCCAAUGUGAACCCGGAGACCGGAAGAUUCGAUACGGAGAAUCCUCUUCCUGGGAAGAAGAGGGGCAAAGCUCAGCCAAGCACAGCGUUAGUGCAAUAUCGCACGGUCGAGACGGGGAAUAAAAGUGCUCUUGGGUAUUUGGGCAUGCAUUGUGUUCCAGAGGAUAAGAGCUUGAAUGAAGCCGAAGGGCAGGAAGCAGGAUUGUACGUUGAAGUUGGUGAUGAGAUUGAAGUACUCGAACGCGGGGCACAUCUCUAUGGGUCGACGGCGAACGACUAUUAG